UCACUAUCUACUAGUUGAAUGACCAGUUGAACAUGCACACACAAACACAUUCACUCUCAAUGCAGAAUGGGAUGUGACUUUCUCGUGCAGGGUCAGAUUAUAAUUCCUCCUGUCAGUAUUUAAGGGUCCAUAGCAGCUGGUGCAAAGAUGUGAGCGUCACCUGGACCAUCGGGACUCUACCUCUCUACCAUCAGAGGCUUCCUGCUCAUCUCUCUUGUGGAUAAACUUACCGGAUUUGCUGAGCAUUUAAGACAUCAAAAUGUCAGCUGGUGAGGCCUUCGUCACGCUGGCAACCACCGACUCUUACUGUAUGGGGGCCACAGUGGUGGCCAGAAGUUUGCAGCGUCAUGGGACGACACGCAGCAUCGUCAUCAUGGUCACACCAAACGUCUCAGAAAAGUCCAGGCUCGCCCUGAACAGUGUGUUCGAUGAGGUCAUCACUGUGGAUGUGAUGGACAGUGACGACCGUCUCAACUUGGCCUUGCUGGGACGUCCUGAGCUCGGCAUCACGUUUACCAAAAUCCACUGCUGGACUCUGACCCAGUACAGCAAAUGUGUCUUCCUGGAUGCUGACACACUGGUUCUGUGUAACGUGGACGAGCUGUUUGAGAGAGAUGAGUUGUCUGCAGCUCCUGACCCCGGCUGGCCCGACUGCUUCAACUCUGGCGUGUUUGUCUUCAGACCGUCCCUCCAAACCCAUGGUGGCCUCCUGGAUCACGCCCUGCAGCAUGGCAGCUUUGACGGAGGGGACCAGGGCCUGUUGAACUCUUUCUUCAGUAGCUGGCCUGUGGAGGACAUCAGUAAACACCUGCCGUUUGUCUACAACCUCAGUGCCAGCUCCAUCUACACCUACCUGCCUGCUUUCCAACAGUUUGGCCACGAUGCAAAGAUCGUCCAUUUCUUAGGAGCAGUGAAACCCUGGAGCUCCAGCAGCCAGAGAGGUGCCAGCGGCUCACAAAUGGACCAGUUUGUGUCUCAGUGGUGGAAAGAAUACCUCAGUGACACAAAACCAUCUGAACCAGAGAAACAACAACAGGGUACUCCAACGGCUGAUUCUCCAAACUGGAAACGCACAGACCAUCAACUACUGAAGGCAAAACAUCCACUGAGGAUCCAAGAACCAGAAGCCAAGAUGCCAUUUAGAGAAAACUUGGACAGUUCCAACUCCGUGCUCGCUUAUUCCUCAGCUCCUUCUGAGAGGCCUCAUUCACCGCCUGAACCACAAACAUGUCCCCACACAGAUCACACACCACUGGAGGAGGACUCUUGGACAUGUGAGAGGACAGAGACCCAGGAAGCAGCGGUUGAUGAAGACGAGUUGGAGGACAGUGUUUCUGUUUCAGACACUGAAUCAGAACCUAUAAAACUAGAAAUUACAUGUCAGAAGGAUGCCGAAACAGAAGAAGAACGUCUGGAGCACCGCAGACAGUGGGAGAACGGGCAGGCUGACUACAUGGGCAGAGACGCCUUCAGUAACAUUCAGAAGAUGCUGGACCGCUUUCUGGAUUAACUGAUCCACACAGGAACAGAGUUUGGACACUGUAAAACAUAACUAAAACAGAAGGAAAGAACUGUACAAAGGCAAUAUUUUGAUGAGUUUAAGGCAAAAACCACAUUGUUUUUCUCAUGCAUUAAAAUGUGUUAAUUUUGCCGACUGUAUUUAAAUAUUUCUGCAUACUGGGGUCCCUAAACAGUCUGUGAUUUACAUAAAUUGGAUAUCACUGAAAAGAUGA